AGCCUAGUAGUUGUAAGAGCAAACCAAGAAUUCAGUUUUUUUAAUGUCAAUGUAAUCAUGUAUAUGUAACUAAUGUCAUACGGGAAUCGCACGAAUUGAACCGGCUACAAAAAAAGACGUUUUGCGAAAUAGAAAUUAUUUUGCGUUGUGCCUUGACUGCAUAGACUGCACUAAGUGUCUGCAUCUGCGAACGAAACCUACCCAUUGUACUUUGUAAUUAAUCACCUGCUAUAUUAUUUUUUUAAUUCAAUUCGACUAAUAUGCCUAAGAAAAAGACCGCCUACUGGUUCUUCUUACAAGAUUUCAAAGAAGAACAAAGGCUAAAAGGCAUUACGUAUACGGAAAAACAGGAAUUGGAUAAAGAUGCCGAUAAAGCAUGGAGGAGUCUACCUCCUUCAGUUCGUGCUAAGUACGAACAAACGGCGAAGAAUGAGAAGGAAAAAAACAAUGCACCUGUUAUAAAGUUUGCAUCUAAUGGCGUCCCGUUGACUGUGAUUGAAAAUAGGAUGAAAGAACACGAGAUGGCGCAAAUCAAUGAGGUUCAAGAUAUUACAAAUAUAAUUAAAACGAAGUCCUUCAACCAAGAAAUUUUAGAUGAAUACUUCUACAUCAUCGACGUAAAUUCUUAUUGUAAGUGGGAUGACAAAUAUUUGAUUGGCGAGUGUACCGUUUUGAGGUUCAAUCUGCGAAAUGGUAUUCGAGAUUAUUACCCAGUAUUGAUCAACCCUGGAAAAAUACCGAUGGGGUACGCGUCGGAUGUAAGAGUGGCGUGUAUAGAGUUAGGGCUGGACAUGCCGGAUGCAGAAUCACCGAGUAACACGAUGGACAUCCUCGCCAAUAUCAUCGACUUCCUUAGACAGAAGGACCUGAAGGCCGGAUCUCUACCGCCUCUGUUCACUAUGUCGGAGAAAGUACUGCCUACUAAGAGCUUCCUGGAACAGAUGUGCUACACAGCUCAUGAGGAUGAAAUGAUCUUCCGUGUGUAUCGCCUGGAGAAGUUGUUGUUCCAUCUGGUAAACAGUCUGAAGUCCGACAAGUACGACGGGUUACCUCAUGAGUCUCUCGCGCUCGAGAUACUGAAGAAAGACUGUUUCAGAUACAGCGAAGGACUGGCUUGCAGACACCACGCAGCCAGAGACAAGGCCACGGAGUGCACGGACUCGCGCGUGUUCCGCUGGGCGUACAGCAUCAUGGACGAGUGCUGCGCCCCCGCAGGCAUCACUCCCCGCUCCGGGACCCACGUGCCCAAGGACAUGAACAUCGAAAAAUACAAGCUUCUAAGGAACCCUACUCCUAGAGCUACAGUCGCUGGAUAUGAGGCGGCACCAUCGUCCUCCAACACCACGGCCAACGAUUCUAUGUGGGAAGGGAGCUUUGAAGCCUCUCUCGUCAGUGAGCCGUCGGGAGCUUGGGGUGAACCUUCUGGAGCUUGGGGUGAACCUUCUGGAAGUCAGGCGGCGAGUGCCUGGCCUCAACCCACUGGCAUUCCGUCGUCGGAAACCUGGCCACAACUCCCUGGCAGUGGGCCGUCGAGUGCCUGGCCUCUACCUUCGGGAAGUCAGUCGUCGAAUGAAUGGCCUGGGCUCCCUAGGAGUCAGUCGUCGAGAGCCCGCGGUCAACACUCCGGCAGCGGUCGUGGUGGCCGGGAAUCUGAGUCUGGGAGGCGAGGGCGCCGCACACACGAGCCCAUGCGCAUGCCGCAAGCCGACUAUUCCCAGAACCUCCAGGCGACGAGCGAAUUAAUGGAGAAACACAGUCCGCUCCUACCAGGCCUUGGACGUGGUCGCAAUCUAGCUGGCAGCUUGAGCAAGAUGAACAUCAAUAAGAAAAAGUAAAGCAUUGAAUGCCAUUGAAACUUCUACCCUAUUAUUAUUAUGUAAUGAAUCUGAUUUACUUUGUAAGUAUAGUGUUGUCAGAUGGGCUGUGUUUACACCGACUUAGGUGGACAACACAAAUAUCAUACAAAAA